CUCCUUCUUCCUGGGCCAUACACUAAUUCUUCCAAUCCCACCAUUAAAUCUCUCUCUCUCUCUCUCUCUCUCUCUAUAUAUAUAUAUAUAUAUAUAGCCAUUUCCCUCAUCUUUCCAGUCCAUAUCUCUUUCUUUCUCUGCAAAAUCUUGAUUGAUCUUUCUCCUACUUCUCUUUCGCUUUAUCUAAAUAUUGAUAAAUUAUUACUUUAAUAUAUAUGGCUGAUACCAAAACCCAAGGCUUUCUUUUGGCUGGCAAGAAGAGAGGUGCUGGCCAAGAUGAGUUUGAUGGUGGUGAUGAUUUUAUUGUUUCUAAGAAAUCAAUGUUGCCCCCAGGAGUGGCUUACGGUGAGGAUCCUGCUGCUGGAUUAGCCGCCUCGCGUCAUGAGUUUGGUGAGCAUGGCGGCGUCAACAUGUCUAUCGAAGCUUCUGCUACUUUCACUGUCAUGGAGCCUGACACCAUGCGUCGCAUGUUCUCCGGUGAACUUGGUCCCGACCGUGACUUCUUUAUUUACAGCCGUCACUUCAACCCUACUGUUUUGAAUCUUGGCCGUCAGAUGGCCGCCCUUGAAGGAACUGAGGCUGCCUAUUGCACUGCUAGCGGUAUGUCUGCAAUAUCAUCAGUGUUUUUGCAGCUUUGCAGCAGUGGAGGACACGUGGUGGCGUCAAGGACUCUAUAUGGGGGAACACAUGCCCUGUUAAGUCAUUUUCUACCAAGAGCAUGCAAUAUAACAACGACAUUUGUUGAAAUUGGAGAUAUAGAAAUGGUGAAAAAUGCCAUAGUUGAAGGGAAGACUAAGGUCUUUUACUUCGAGUCCAUCGCCAACCCUACUCUCACAGUGGCUAAUAUCCCUGAACUAAGUAGGAUUGCUCAUGACAAAGGCGUGACGGUGGUCGUCGACAAUACUUUUGCCCCUAUGGUCAUCUCUCCGGCUCGGUUAGGUGCUGAUGUCGUUGUGCAUAGCAUCACCAAAUUUAUCAGUGGUGGAGCUGACAUCAUAGCAGGUGCUGUUUGUGGACCUGCAAGCCUGGUGAACUCAAUGAUGGAUCUACACCAAGGGGCCAUUAUGCUUCUUGGGCCAACAAUGAAUGCAAAAGUUGCCUUUGAUCUAUCAGGUAGAAUUCCUCACUUGGGACUAAGAAUGAAAGAACAUUGUCAUAGAGCAAUGGUUUACGCUACAAGAAUGAAGAAACUAGGCCUCAAAGUCAUCUACCCAGGCCUUGAAGACCAUCCGCAUCAUCAGCUUCUGAAGUCCAUGGCCAAUAAGGAUUAUGGGUUCGGUGCACUUCUUUGCCUUGACAUGGAAACAGAGGAAAAGGCUAACCGGUUGCUGAACCACUUGCAAAACUAUACCCAGUUUGGGUUCAUGGCAGUCAGCUUGGGGUACUAUGAAACAUUAAUGUCCGUAUCAGGUAGUAGCACUAGCAGUGAAUUGAACGCUGAGGAAAAGAAACUUGCUGGGAUUUCACCUGGAUUGAUCAGAAUGUCUGUUGGCUACUUGGGCACUUUGGAACAGAAAUGGAGUCAAUUCGAGAAAGCACUUUCAAGAAUGAAAGAAUGUUAUUAGAAUUAACUUUUUUUGGUGUUGUAAAAUAAGAAGCAAACGUGUCUAGCGUAUGUAAUCUUGGAAAAGGGCAGCUCUUGAUCGUUGCCGUAGUAAUAAAAUUAACUGCUUCUGUCUGUUUAUCA